GUGCAGAGUGCCUGGCACCCUCCCGGCCACCUGUGGCCUUGGUCCUGUGGGGGUCUGUCCCCAAAGCCUUUGGCCAGGGCCAGGCUGGGGAUGGUUCUGAGAGCCAGCAGUGACCUCUGGGCCUGGGGCACGGCCGUGCCUGACAGGGAGUGCCAGGGACACCAGCAGCAUCCCGAGUGAUUUGUGCAGCUGGGUGCUGCCAGGGACAGGGCAAGGGUUCCCUAAAGACACCGCUCACGCAUCCUGGUUUGCCCUUUGCCCCAGCUGUAGCUUCUGGCAGCACCUUCCCAUAUCUCCUAACGGAGAGAUCGAUUAGAUCCUGAGAAUGGGACUUCCUAUUUCUUCCCAGUGUGGACAGGAUCUGUUACCCACCCCCACCCCACCCUGGGUGGGGACCUCACCUGUGGCCACUGGGGCUGGGCUCACAAGGACGGAGUUUGACCCCACUGCCUCCAGGUUCGUGACCCUGGACUUUGAGAGGGCUGUGAGCAGAGGGAGCUCCUCCCAAGUGUCCUCCCCCACAUUCCCGUGCCCUUUCUAGACCCCUGUGCUGCACUAUGCUGCCCCGCUUUGCCUGGGUGGGGCAGCCUGUGGGCUGUGCCCCCCGCACGCAGGGGCAGCCUGGACCCUCUGAGAGAGGGUCAGACACUGUCACUCGAGGGUGAAUGGGGUGACACUGAGUCUGUGGCUGGGCUCGGCUGAUGGGGACGCGCGCUGGGCCCCGCAGCACGUCGUGGAUGUGGCUGCUGGCUGCGACCACCCGCUCUGUCCCUCCUUCUGCAGGGUCAGGCCAGCGCUGGGGAAGGACGCCGGGGGUCCAGGCCCACAGCCCGUGCACGCUCCCCGAUGGUGCCACCCCGCACCGCCAGCUCUGCCCCCGCAGCAGCGGCUGCACCGGGCCUUGGUGCUCCUGCCAGGCUGGGGGGCGGGCGGGGGGAAAGCUCAUCCCAGGGUCUGUCGCCGCCCUGAACCCCAUGGCCACUUAAUCCUUCACCCAUUAACUUGGACUAAUAAACCUCGUGGGAGCGAGAGGCUAAAAGCCGUGCUCGCACCAGCGCCGUCCCCGCCAGUGCCGCUCCUGCUGCCCGCCAUGGCAGGCGGCUUCUUCAUCAGCAAGACCGUGGGCAUUGUGGCCAUUGUGCUGGGCCUGGGGGCUGUGGCCACCAUCAUUGCACUCUCGGUGGUGUACGCCCAGGAAAAGAACAAGGGGGUAUCAGAUGUGGGCACCAGCACCACAGCCAGCCCGGGCACCAGCACCACGGCCCGCCCGGGCACCAGCACCACAGCCCGCCCGGGCACCAGCACCACAGCCCGCCCAGGCACCAGCACCACAGCCCGCCCGGGCACCAGCACCACGGCCCGCCCGGGCACCAGCACCACAGCCCGCCCGGGCACCAGCACCACAGCCCGCCCAGGCACCAACACCACGGCCCGCCCGGGCACCAGCACCACAGCCCGCCCGGGCACCAACACCACCACCCCUGCUCCCAACAACCCCUGGAACCAAUGGAGGUUGCCAGCCACGCUGAAGCCGGAGUUCUACGAGGUGUCCCUGCAGCCCUUCCUGAAGCCCGAUGCCAACAACAUGUACAUCUUCAAGGGCAACAGCAGUGUGGUCUUCACGUGUGAGAAGGCCACCGACCUCAUCCUCAUCCACAGCAAGAAGCUGAACUACACCAUGCAAGGCUCCUUCCAUGCCACCUUGCGGGCAGAGGGUGGUGGCAAUGCCCCUGCCAUCUCCCGCACCUGGCUGGAGACUCCCACCGAGUACCUGGUGGUGCAGCUGGGCGCUCCCCUGCAGCAGGGCCAGCGGUACCGGCUGUCCAGCAGCUUCACCGGGGAGCUGGCCGAUGACCUGGCUGGCUUCUAUCGCAGCGAGUACACGGAUGAGGCAGGCAACAAGCAGGUGGUGGCCACCACGCAGAUGCAGGCGGCUGACGCACGCAAAGCUUUCCCCUGCUUCGACGAGCCGGCCAUGAAAGCCAACUUCACAGUGACGCUGAUCCACCCGUCCGGCUAUGGGGCCAUCUCCAACAUGCCUGCCAAAAACACCAGGGAGCAGGUGAUUGAUGGAGCGAUCUGGAAUGUCACUGAGUUUGACACCACUCCCCGGAUGUCCACGUACCUGCUGGCCUUCAUUGUCAGCCAGUUCACCAGCGUGGGGAGAAUAUCGAACAACACACUGAUUCGUAUUUGGGGCCGCCCCAAAGCCAUCAAAGAGGGCCAGGGUGACUACGCGCUCAAUGUCACUGGUCGCAUCCUCAACUUCUUUGAGAAGCAUUACAACACGUCCUACCCGCUCCCCAAGUCUGACCAGGUUGGCCUCCCCGAUUUCAAUGCGGGCGCGAUGGAGAACUGGGGGCUGGUGACCUACCGGGAGAACUCGCUGCUCUUCGACGCCGUGUACUCCUCCAUCGGCAACAAGGAGCGGGUGGUGACCGUCAUCGCCCACGAGCUGGCACACCAGUGGUUCGGGAAUUUAGUGACGCUGCGGUGGUGGAACGACCUGUGGCUGAACGAGGGCUUCGCCUCGUACGUGGAGUACCUGGGUGCCGACUCUGCUGAGCCCUCCUGGAACAUCAAAGACCUGAUGGUGCUGAACGAGCUGCAUGCCGUGAUGGCGACAGACGCCCUGGCCAACUCCCACCCGCUCUCCUUCCGCGAGGAGGAGAUCAACACCCCAGCCCAGAUCAGCGAAGUCUUUGACAGCAUCUCCUACAGCAAGGGAGCAUCGGUGCUGCGCAUGCUCUCGAGCUUCCUUAGCGAAAACGUCUUCAAGGAGGGGCUGCAGUCCUACCUCCACACCUUCUCCUACAGCAACACCAUCUACACUGACCUCUGGGUCCAUCUGCAAGAGGCGGUGAAGAACAACCACGUCCAACUGCCUGACACUAUCAGCAACAUCAUGGACCGCUGGACGCUGCAGAUGGGCUUCCCUGUGGUGACUGUUGACACCCAGAGGGGCACCGUCAGACAGACCCAUUUUCUGCUGGAUCCCACAUCUUCUGUGGACAGACCCUCUGUCUUCAACUACACCUGGAUCAUCCCCAUCACCUGGAUGACAGACAGUGGCCCCGGGAACGGCAUCUACUGGCUGACCAAAGUCACAGACACCACCACCAGCUUCAGGGUCACCAGCCCCAACUGGCUCCUGCUGAACCUCAAUGUCACUGGGUACUUCCGUGUCAAUUACAACCAGGAGAACUGGGACCAGCUCCUCAAGCAGCUUGACGCCAACCACAUGGUCAUCCCUGUGAUCAACCGUGCCCAGAUCAUUGAUGACGCCUUUAACCUGGCCAGGGCCAAGUACGUCAACGUGACCUUGGCUCUGAACACGACGCGGUUCCUGAGCCAGGAGACGGAAUACAUGCCCUGGCAGGCAGCGCUCAACAGCCUCCAGUACUUCCAGCAGAUGUUUGACCGCAGCGAGGUCUUUGGGGCCAUGUCGAAAUACAUGCACAAGCAGGUGACCCCUCUCUUCAACCACUACAAGAACAUCACCAAUAACUGGAAGGAUAUCCCCAGUGGCCUGAUGGCCCAGUACAACGAGGUCAAUGCCAUCAGCACCGCCUGCUCCUACGGCGUCACUGACUGCCAGAAUCUGGCCGCCAGCUACUUGCAGCAGUGGAAGAAGGGCCCCACCAACCCGGUCCCCCCGAACCUGCGCUCAGCCAUCUACUGCAGCAUGGUGGCCACGGGCGGGGAGGAUGCCUGGGACUUCCUCUGGGAGAAGUUCAAGAACGCCAGUGUGGUGUCUGAGGCUGACAAGCUCCGCACAGCCCUCUCCUGCAGCCCCCACCCCUGGAUCCUCAACCGGUACCUGCAGUACGCACUCGACCCCACAAAGAUCCGGAAGCAGGAUGCCACCUCCACGAUCAACAGCAUUGCCAGCAACGUCGUGGGGCAGUCCCUGGCCUGGGACUUCAUCCGUGGCAACUGGAGGACACUCUUCACCCAGUAUGGGGGCGGCUCCUUCUCCUUCUCCCGGCUGAUUUUAUCGGUGACCCAGCGCUUCUCCUCAGAGUUUGAGCUGCAACAGCUGGAGCAGUUCAAGAAGGACAACCAGGACAUCGGGUUUGGGUCGGGGACACGGGCGCUGGAGCAGGCGCUGGAGCGGACCCGCGCUAACAUCAUCUGGGUGAAGGAGAACCAGGCCACGGUGCUGGAAUGGUUUGAGAACGAGAUCAAGAGCAGAUAACAGGAGCCCCACGGUGCUGGAAUGGGUUGAGAACGAGAUCAAGAGCAGAUAACAGGAGCCUGCACUUCCCUGGCCACCAGGACGGGCCCUCGGCCUCUCCCGACUCCCUCACCCCCGGACCCCCGGACCCUCGGCCGCUGCCGACCACUCACUCCAUCCCCCGCACUGCCAGGGAGGGGCUGACGCCUGCAUGAUGGGCACUGGGAACUUGGGGGAUUGGCAGGGGCGGUCGGGCUGGUGUGCUCUGGGCUGUAAAUAAAAACCCGCCCGGUUUGCAGGGGCA